AUGAGAAAAACCAACAUGUGGUUCUUGGAGCGGCUUCGGGGGUCUGGGGAAAACGGCGCUGCCCGGGGCGCGGGGAGCGAGGCGGGGGACAAGGCCUCCAAGGGGCCCCUGUACAGCAAUGUGCUGACGCCCGACAAGAUCCCCGACUUUUUCAUCCCCCCCAAGCUGCCCUCGGGCCCCGUGGAGGGCGAGGGACAGGCCACGCUGGGCCCGUCCACGUCGGAGCAGAACCUGGCCUCCGCAGCCCCCCGCCAGACCCCACGGAGCCCCCGGCUGCCUGCCAAGCUGGCGGCCGAGAGCAAGAGCCUGCUGAAGGCAGCCACCCGGCACGUGAUCCAGAUCGAGAGUGCUGAGGAGUGGCCGCCUGAGGAGGCCACUGACACUGACCCCCAGGCCCAGGGCGCCAUGUCCCUGCCCUCGGUCCCCAAGGCCCAGACGUCCUACGGCUUCACCACGCUGGCCGAGAGCCCCCACACUAGACGCAAGGAGUCUCUGUUCCACAGUGAGCACGGGGCCCUGGCCCAGGUGGGCUCCCUGGGUGCCGGGCGCCGCCGGGCAGCUGCCAAGGCCAACGGGGGUGACGGGGGCCCCAGGGAGGCUGGCGGGGCCCUCAUGAGCCCCGGCCGCUACUUCAGUGGCGGGGAGAGCGACACGGGGUCCUCGGCCGAGUCGUCUCCCUUCGGGUCCCCUCUGCUCUCCCGCUCGGUGUCACUGCUCAAAGGCUUCGCCCAGGACAGCCAGGCCAAGGUGAGCCAGCUCCGGCACUCCGUGGGCCGCCACGGCUCCCUGUCGGCUGAUGACAGCACUCCAGACACCAGCCCGGGGAGCCGGCGCCGCCUGACCCGCCGGGCCCCCCCGGAACCUGGCCCCGAGUCGGGCCAGGCGCGUGGAGAGCACACGGUCCACGUGGGCCCUCGGGGCAGCGUGCGGCUGCUGGCAGAGUACGAGGCAGGCCAGGCCCGCCUGCGGGUGCGCCUGCUGGCUGCCGAGGGCCUCUACGACCGCCUGUACGAUGCCCGCAGCAUCAACUGCUGCGUGGGCCUGUGCCUGGUGCCUGGGAAGCUGCAGAAGCAGCGCAGCACCAUCAUCAAGAACAGCCGCCACCCCGUCUUCAAUGAGGAUUUCUUCUUCGACGGCCUGGGGCCGGCCAGCGUCCGGAAGCUGGCCCUCAGGAUCAAGGUGGUGAACAAGGGCAGCAGCCUCAAGCGGGACACGCUGCUCGGGGAGAAGGAGCUGCCCCUGACCUCCCUGCUCCCCUUCCUGUAG